UGACACCAUCCAAAGUAAAAUGAGUCCAAACACUUGAAGUUGGUGGUUGAAAUAUUCAUGAAGUAUUACAUCAACCUCCUCCAUUUUCCAACUUCUUGCUAUAAAUUCCAUUGCAAUUUGCCUCCAUGAACAUCUAUACAAAAACAAUCCUCCACAUUUAUGAGUCCAAAAUCACAAAAAAAAAUAUGAUGAAUGAUCAUCUGGAAGUAGAUUUGAAGGAAUUAAGGGAAACUUUCAAUUCUGGGAAAACAAAGGAAUCAUCAUGGAGGAUUAAACAGCUUCGCGGGUUACUUCGUAUACUCGAAGAUAGAGAAGAUGAUAUUUCCAUGGCUCUUAAACAAGAUCUUGGCAAGCAUCAUGUUGAAGCAUAUAGAGAUGAGAUUGGAACAGUGGUGAAGUCUUUAAAUAAUGCUCUUGAUAACUUGAAGCACUGGAUGGCUGCUAAAAAGACCAGAUUGCCCAUUGCUGCAUUCCCCAGCAGUGCAAGCUUGGUUCCUGAGCCUCUUGGUGUUGUCCUCAUCAUCUCAUCUUGGAACUUCCCAAUUGGGCUAUCGUUGGAACCAUUGAUCGGGGCAUUAGCCGCAGGGAAUGCAGUAAUUCUAAAGCCUUCAGAGUUAGCUCCUACAUGUUCUUCAUUCCUAGCGGAAACAAUCCGUGAUUACCUUGAUAAUUCUGCGAUUAAGGUCAUUGAAGGUGGAUCCGAUCUAGGUGAAAGACUCCUUCGAUACAAAUUCGAUAAAAUUUUCUUCACAGGGAGUACACGUGUGGGUAGAGUUGUGAUGUCAGCUGCUGCACAACAUUUAACUCCUGUAACUUUGGAGUUGGGUGGAAAGUGUCCUGCUGUUGUUGAUUCCUUUUCAAGUUCUAGGGAAAAUAAUAUUACAGCAAAAAGAAUAGUUUGGGGUAAAUAUGGAUUAUGUGCUGGACAAGCUUGUAUUGGAAUAGAUUAUGUUCUAACGGAGAAAAAGUACCUCCCAAAUCUGGUGGAAUCCUUGAAAAGAUAUAUCAAGCAAUGUUAUGGAGAUGAUCCAAACGGAUCCCAUAGUAUAUCUAAGAUUGUUAACAAGAAGCAUUUUUCUAGAUUGAAGAGUCUCUUGGAUGAACCCAUGGUCAAGUCUUCGGUCGUUUAUGGUGGUGUGUUGGAUGAAGAAAGCUUGUUCAUUGAGCCGACAAUAUUGGUUGAUCCUCCUCUAGACUCUGCAAUCAUGACGGAAGAAAUCUUUGGUCCAUUGCUUCCAAUUAUCACGUUGGAGAAUAUUGAAGACAGUAUCAACUUCAUAAAGGCAAGGCCAAAUCCACUUGCUCUAUAUGCCUUCACAGAAAAUGAAAAUCUCCAAAAAAGAUUGGUUUCUGAGACAUCAUCAGGAAGCCUUAUGUUCAAUGAUGCCAUUCUUCAAUAUGUUGUUGAUGCACUACCAUUUGGCGGAGUAGGAGGGAGCGGGUUUGGAAGAUAUCAUGGAAAAUUUUCUUUUGAUAAUUUCAGUCACGAGAAAGCGGUCAUAAUGAGGGGAUUUCUUGUAGACUUUUGGUUCAGAUAUCCCCCGUGGACAACUCAAAAGUUACAACUGCUUAAGGCUGGUUUAAGAUACGAUUACCUUGGACUUGUGCUCAUUGCAUUAGGUUUAAAAAGCAAAGCUUGAGAAUCAUUUAUUGUCAUAAGCAUGAUUAUGUAUUGAUUGUUGGUUUUUUUCCUAAUCAAGUUGCUAAGCCACUAGAUGUAUGUGUAACACCCUAAGAAAGUACCACAUCCGGUCGUGGUCAGAAGAGAUGAUGGGUUCAUAAGAAAUGCAUUACAUCGAAUAUCACCAUUGUAUUUUGGGCGCAA